AUGGAACGAACGAACUGCAUUGACCUGGGCACGGAUAGCUUGAUGGCAACUGCUGUUGGAUAUGCGGCACGGAGGCAACAGUGCAAGGGAAAAGAGAAGUGUCACUGGGGGGGACUUUUUGUUGAUAGUAGCAAUGACUGCGACGAAAAUCGUGGCGACCCGCCGCCUCGGCACCGCAGUAUCUCGCUGAGCCAGCUACUAUAUGGUGAGCCGUUGCGGCAUGAGGCUGUGACCAGGCCAGCCACAGCCAAGUUGAGCCUGGGUGUGGAUGCUGACAAUGCUGUGGAUGACGAUGGUCUGAUGGAUAUUCAACGUCUCAUCAACUCACAGUACGACGCAUGUGCGAGCAGAACCAGCAGCCGCAGGGAUAGCAGUAAGGCUUGUGUCCAUGAUGAUGAUAUUGACAGCAAGUUUUUGGAUGGGGGGCGUAGUUGGUGCUCUUCUUUGCCACCAUGGCCCGUGCAGCAUACAGAAAAGGGCGUUUUCGAGGAGGCCUACGAGGGCCUUGGGGAUCAAGAAUCUGCGGAGACUUCCCGGAGAAUGGCUAGGCGCGAGAGCCGCAGUGUGGGGGUUCAGUGUGACGUGCGAGCUGCAACGACGGCUGUGGAGCUGCAAAAGCUAGAGCAGCUCCGCCAGGAAUUUAUUGUGAGUGAUCCUGAGAGUGUGGCUCACGCUCUCGCACGGCUCAUUCGUGCAGUUGAGAUGGAUCGUUUUGGGCACUCGUCAGCGUUUACCUCUGCUUUGCUGCAGCAGGCUCAGUUGUAG